CAAAUACAUAGUUUAGCAAGAAUACUUUUCGUUUUAUCACUGCUAUAGAAGAAACUCGUAUAGAAAUAAAAAAAAGUCUUAAACAGUUUUCUUUCCUUUCUUCAAUUCCGGGUUCAAAUAUUAAAACCAAAAAAGAUUUAUUAAAAUUUCGUGAACGUAUGGAUUGUAUUUCAACAAAAGGAAAAUGGGUUUAUGAUGAUACGCCAAGAGCCAUUCUUAAACAUAAACAAGAACCUCUUUAUGGAAAAUGCGAUAAAAAUUCUAAAUCUUUAAAUAAAAAUGCUUCAAUUGAAGAGAUAUGGGAUAAUUCGAGAAAUUCAGUAAAAUAUAAAUGGGAAACUCCUCAUAAAUGUCCUCUACCAAAUUUUACUCGGGAAGAUUUUUGUUCAUUGAUAACUGGCCUAAAAUUUUUGUUAGUAGGUGAUGUAUCAUCUUAUCAACUUCAUGAAUUAAUGUUAAAUUAUUUUCAUGAUGGACCUGUUCAAUGUUAUGGUGAAAUAGCAUGUAAAGAUCAUAUUUUGUGUAGACCUCCUUCUCCUUUCGAAGAUGAUGAUAAAUUAUUUUCAGUAAUGAGAUAUGCUCGUAAUGAUAUAUUAUCCACUAGAAAAACUUUAGUUCUCCCAGAAGACAAUGGUCAUAUUCAAAUAAACAAUUUAGAACUACCUUGGACUUCUUACGUUUAUCAUUUUAGUGUAAUUAUACUUAACAAGGGUCAUCAUUACCAAGAUGAUACGACUUUUCGUUCCUCGUUAAUACGAUUAGUUUCAUAUCUUCGUACAAAAAAUCCAAAUACUCUUUUAAUAUUUAGGUCAACUACAGUAGGCCAUUUAAAUUGUAAUAAUCCAAAUCUUAAACCUUUAUCUAAUCCUUACAAUGCUUUUGAAUUACCUUAUCAUUGGGGUGAAAUACAUAAACAAAAUAUGAUUGCUAAAGAAAUUAUUGAAGCUGUUGGCGGGGUUUAUUGGAAUUUAGAAAAUGUUAUGGAAACUAGAAUUGACGACCAUAUUGGUGGUCAAGAUUGUAUAAGAUGGUGUAUACCUGGUCCCUCCGAUAUUUGGUUAAAUUUAUUAUUUGUCUUAUUGAAAGAGUUGAAAAUAAAUCAAUGAUUAUCAUAAUUUAAUUACAUAUAGAAAAUUAUAAUGUAUAUGUGGAUUAUUUCUUAAUUCAAAUAAUAAUAAAUCAUCUACC